AUGAAAUGCCCAUAUAAAUGCACAAUGUCUCCGUCGGGUCCGCAAUGCUAUUGCGAGAAAGGGCUCAAAUAUGUAAAUAACAGUUGCAUAGAUCUCGAUGAAUGCGAAAUUGAAGGUUCGUGUGAUCAAAUCUGUCGCAAUACUCAAGGUUCAUUUUCUUGUUCUUGUGUCAACGGUUAUACAGAACGUGGCGUUCGAUGUUUUGCUCAAAACGUUCCUCCGGAGGAACCGCCAUCAUUGUUAUACAGUAGUAGUUCCGAUAUCGGUUUAAUAUAUUUAAACGGAAGUUUCGUUUCCAAAAGCACAAAUCUCAACGUUCAAACUUUAUCCCUGGAUUUCGAUCACAGGAACAGGAGCGUUUGUUACGUUCGUCGAAAUUCUACGAAUCCCAGUUUUAAAUGCGUCAGCUUGGAUAAUUUCGAAAAGAGUUGGGAUUUACCCAAAUCCAUAAUGUUUCCAUUACAUUCAAAAACUCAUUUAGUGUUAGACUGGCUGACGGGAAAUUGGUAUUUCUUGGACGAUUCGAGAGAAAUGAUUUUCCUUUGUAACUCGACUCUCAAAUCGUGCACAAUCAUAUGCGACAGUGAUUUGAGUCGUCCGAAAGGGAUAACGUUGGAUCCCACGAAAGGAUUUUUAUUUUUUACAAAAUGGAGCGACGAUGCAGCCGUGUUAGAAAGAGCGUUGCUCGAUGGUACCCAAAGGUUAGUGUUAGUCGACAAAAAAAUAGUUUAUCCAUACGGUUUAACCGUUGAUUUUCCUAGCGAGCACAUAUACUGGGUCGAUACGUAUCUCGACGUCAUAGAACGUAUCGAUUACGAUGGAAAAAAUAGAAAAGUCAUUAGAAAAGGAGUUCCAGUACAAAACCUUUACGACAUAACAGUUUUCGAAAACGAUUUAUUCGUUACCAGCUGGAGAAAUUUUACGAUAAUACGUUUAAAUAAAUUCAAUUCGAAUGACUACGAAACGAUAGGAAAUUUCAGUCGUCCGUUUUCCAUACAUGCGGUCCACAGGCAAAGACAACCCAUCGUUAAUCAUCCAUGCACGGUUAAUAACGGUGGAUGCCAACAUAUUUGCGUGCCAUCAUAUCACAAAGGCGUUCCAAUCGCUCAGUGUUUAUGUCAAACGGGUUAUCACGAGGUUAAAGGUCGUUGCCUAAUAAAACCUCCGUCGACUUUUAUAGUUUACGGAAAAGCUCGGCCGCCCAUGAUUAAAGGAAUCGCGGAAAGUUCAAAUCCGAAGCUUUCGACUUAUUUCACGGAAGUCAUGAUGCCCAUAUUGAAUGUCACGAGACCUAAUUCUAUCGAUUUCGACGUUAAAAAUGAAUACAUUUAUUUUUCCGACACGCAUAGCAUAGAAAGGCAACACAUCAACGGUUCGAAAAGAGAAGUCGUCGUUAGUAAAGGAUUGAUUUACGUCGAGGGCAUAGCAUUCGAUUAUUUGGGACAUAACAUAUAUUGGGCCGACGAAGGAUCGGCCGUGAUAAAAGUGGCCAAAGUUAGUAAUUCGACCAUAGUCAAAACGAUCGUGUCUGGAAAUUUAUUCCAGCCGAGAUCGUUGGCCAUAGAUCAUAAGCACAGAAACCUAUAUUGGGCUGAUUGGACACCGAUGGUUCACAAAAUCGGAAAAAUAGAAAGAGCUUUGUUGAACGGUGACGAAAGAGAGGUUUUCAUUUCGGAAAAUACACUUUGGCCAAGCGGUUUAACAUUUGAUUUUACAAACGAUGUUUUAUAUUGGUGCGAUGCAUUUUUAGAAGUCAUUGAAAGAAUCAAUUUGGAUCGAACGGGGAGAAGAAAAAUAUUUUCAGACUUGAAAACGGAUCAUCCGUACGGAUUGGCAUACCAUAAUAAUUUUCUUUACUGGACGGAAUUUCAAAAAGGUUCCAUAAAUCGUUUACACUUGACGAAAAAUAUGACGAAAGAAAUUUUAGCAUCGGAAAAAUACAUGUUGUUCGAAGUUAAAAUAUACGAUAAGAAUUCGCAAAACGAAACGAGUGAUUGUUCCGUUAGAAAUGGCGAUUGCGAAGAAUUAUGCUUUUCUUUACCGAAUAAAAUACAAUGUUCUUGUUCCGAUAAUUACACUAUGAAAAAUGGAAAAUGCGUACCUGAUGUUUCCACAACUUCAAGAGUUUUACCAAAAUGCAAAGAAACUGAAUUUCAAUGUUUGGACAGUCAUCGUUGCGUAAAUCGUAAAUUUAUUUGCGAUGGAGAAAAAGAUUGCGGUGAUGGUUCCGAUGAAGAUCCCAAAGGUGUUUGCGCCGUAAGAUCUUGUAACGAUGAUGAAUUCAAAUGUGACGGUAAUCGGUGCAUUAAAAGUUUUUGGGCUUGCGACGGUGAUCGGGAUUGCGUCGACGGUUCGGAUGAAUCACCGGAAAGAUGUAAAAAUACGACGUGUAAUUCAUCGCAAUUCUUAUGCGAAAUUACCGGACGUUGCAUUCCUUACUCGUGGACAUGCGAUUCUGAUUUUGAUUGCGGUGAAAAUGAUACGUCUGAUGAACAUGCUAAUUGUAAGGGAUCCGAAUGCUUGGCCAACGAAUUUGUUUGCGGCGACGUUCAUUGCGUUCCCGUCGAAUUUGUUUGCGACGGGGAUAACGAUUGUCGCGAUGGAAGCGAUGAAAAAAGCUGUGGGGAAAUUUGCGGAAACAGUUCGGAAAUUUAUUGUCCCGCCGAAGGUAUAUGUCUUCCGCUGUCGAAAAAAUGUAACGGAGUGAUCGAUUGUUCGGACGAGUCGGACGAACAGAAGUGCGAAAACGGAGGAGAUCAAAAAUCGAAAACCGUUAAUCGACCCGCGAACGGUUUUGCCGUUUUUUGCAGUUCUCACGAAUUCAAAUGUUGGAAUAAUAUCGAAUGCGUUCGUAAAAAUUUCGUUUGCGAUGGAAGAAAUGAUUGUUUGGACGGGUCGGAUGAAAAAAAUUGCACGGAAAUUCACAACUGCACCGAAAGCGGAACUUGUUUUAUAACCCCACCUACUCCCACGCCUUCCUUUGAAUGCGAACAACCUUCACACAGACUUUGCGACAACGGGACUAAAUGUAUAAAAGUCUCACAGUUGUGCGAUAAUAAAAAAGAUUGCUCGGAUGGAUCGGAUGAAGGAUUACGUUGCGAAGAGCAACUGUGUUCGUUUACGUCGCACUGUAGUCAUUAUUGUCAGAACGCGCCCAACGGAUUCGUUUGUUACUGUCCAAAAGGCCUGCAUUUGCAACCCGAUUCCACGACUUGUUCGGAAUCUCACCCCUGCGAAUCCUGGGGAGUUUGUUCGCAAUAUUGCAUACCUCUUAAAAACAAACAUAAAUGCAAAUGCGAAGAUGAUCAUUUGCUUCAACCCGAUGGUUUUACGUGCAAAAGCAAAGACGGAGCCAUUCCUCAAGUUAUAUUUUCAAAUCGUCACGAAUUACGAGGAGUCGAACUUAGAAAUUUUACCGUCAAAGCUUUAAUAUCGAGUUUAAAAAAUACGAUAGCUCUCGAUUUCUAUCAUACGAAAGCAGCCGACAUGAUAUAUUGGACGGAUGUGGUAGAUGAUAAGAUUUACAGAGGAACUUUGAUAGGAGGAUCUCUAACAAAUAUAGAGGUUGUUGUGCAAACUGGUUUGGCAACCGCGGAAGGUUUAGCAGUCGAUUGGAUAGGAGAAAAUCUUUACUGGGUCGAAAGUAAUUUGGAUCAAAUAGAAGUAGCAAAACUUAAUGGAUCCUUCAGAAAGACUUUGAUCGCCGGAGAUAUGGAUUCUCCGAGAGCGAUAGCUUUGGAUCCUAGAGAUGGGUACCUUUUUUGGUCUGAUUGGGAUGCUCACGCUCCAAGAAUAGAAAGAUGUUCCAUGUCGGGAACCAAUAGGAAAAGAGUUUUACGUGUCGAUCAAAUAACGGAUGGAGCAUGGCCCAACGGAUUAACAUUGGAUUACGUUCUCAGACGGAUUUACUGGAUCGAUGCGAGAUCUGAUUCGAUUCACACAACGACGUACGAUGGACUUAUGCACAAAGAAGUCAUACGAGGUCACGAAACUCUUAGUCAUCCGUUCGCUAUUGCCAUAUUUGAAAAUUAUGUUUAUUGGACGGAUUGGAGAUCCAAUUCUGUUAUUCGGGCCAAUAAAUGGAAUGGUUCGGAUUUGCACAUUAUACAAAGAACAUUAACUCAACCGUUUGAUAUACAAAUAUUACAUCCGAGUCGGCAACCCCGCGACGUUAAUAGACCCUCACCAUGUGAAAAAAACAAUGGCGGAUGCAGUCAUCUCUGUUUGAUAAAUAUUAAUAAUACCUAUACUUGCGAUUGUCCGCACGUGAUGAGGUUAUCAUCGGACAACAAAACCUGCAUUGUUGUCAACGAGAGAAUAGUUUUGUUUUCAAGAGCCAACGAAAUUCGGGGAGUCGAUUUGACAUCCGCUUAUUAUCACACGAUUCCUACAAUAAAUGUUCCACACGCGAUAACACCGGCAACCAUCGAUUUCGAUGCCGCGAAUAAAAAAAUUUAUUGGGCCGACGUACAAAUGAACGAAGUGAAAACGUCCAAUUUAAUUGGGGGCCCUGCGGAAACUAUAAUAGACAGCGGAAUAGAACAUCCCAACGGUUUAGCCAUUGAUUGGAUUUCCGGUAAUUUAUUUGUGACGUCUUCGGGAGCGGGAGAAAAUCACAUUUCGGUUUGCAAUUUAAAAGGAGAAUUCAUAACCAUUAUAAACGGAAGUAAUCUAUUUCAAGUUCGAUCUCUAUCUUUAAACCCGGUAAAUGGUACCCUUUAUUGGUCUUCCGUUAAAAAUGAUCUUCACAUUAUCGAACAGAGUAGAAUGGAUGGUUUCGAUAGGGUGAUUUUGGUAUCUCAGCGCGAUCAACCCUCUCUACAUUCUCCCCAAAGUUUAGUUUUUGAUUUAGCGACGGAUAGACUUUAUUGGGUCAACAUAGAAUCGAGUUCGAUUCAAUACUACGAUUUUGUUAACAACUCGGUUAAAUUAUUGAUAUUACGUGGGAAUGCAGCUCGGCCGACAUCCGUGGUACCCUAUUUCGGAUCCAUCUACUACUCGGAUCAAGAAGAUCAAGCUAUUCACAAAGCCGACAUGACUACCGGGGGAAACGAUACGGUGUUAAGAAACAACACGGGAAAUAUACUAUCUAUCAGAAUCUACGAUCCUAAACUUCAAACGGGUACCAACGCUUGCACAAACGAUAAAGAACCCUGUCAGCAUUUGUGUCUGCCGAUUUCAAAAACGGAAAGAGUUUGUAAAUGCGCCACCGGUUAUUUUGUCGAUGUGAAUAAUCCGACCAAAUGCAAAGGCAUCGAAGAAUUUAUUAUAUAUUCCAUCAAUUGGGAAGUAAAAGGAUUGGCUCUACCACCCGGUGACAAUUACACAAAAGUUUUGGGACCCUUAUCGCGCGUAUCCAUGGCCACGAAUUUGGGAUUUUUAUACGACAAAGAACUAAUAUUUUGGGGUGACAGCGAUCAGGGAAAAAUCACAAAGAUAAAAAGGGAUGGUACGAAUAGAGAAACGGUCAUCGAACGGUAUGAAACAAUGGAAAACACGGGGAGCGAUUUCGUGACAGGUUUAGCCAUCGAUUGGAUAGCAGAAAAUAUUUAUUGGACUGAUCCUAAAUUAAACGUGAUCGAAGUGUCUAGAUUGAAUGGUUCAAACAGGUUUGUUGUCAUUUCCGACGGAAUAAGCAAACCGGGAGGUAUCGCGGUCGAUCCAGUCGUAGGAAAACUAUUUUGGGCGGUAAAUGGAAAAUCGCCGAGGAUCGAAUGUAGCGCACUCGACGGUAGUAAUAGAAUGGUUUUAGUGAACGAUACGAGUGGUUCCAUAAGUACCAUAAACGAUAUAGCACUCGACUUGGAGACUAAACAUUUGUACUGGUGUGAUUCGGCACUCGAUAAAAUAGAAAGGGUUAAAUACGAUGGGUCCGAAAGGACUCUUUUGCUAGACCACUCAUUGGAUAACCCUCAAGCGUUUACCGUUUACAAUAAACACUUGUAUUGGAUUGACACGACUCAUUUGAGAGGAAGUAUAAAAUUUGCACCCCUAAGCAACCUGUCCGAUUACACGGUUCUCCUUCAAGGAGUCGGUGAUUCGUUAAAAGACAUCGAAAUAUUUUCAAAAGCUAAACAAAUGGGUGUGAAUCCUUGUAAAUUCAACAACGGGGGUUGUGCCGAAUUGUGUUUGUUUAACGGAACUCAUCCCGUUUGUAAAUGUGCUCACGGUCAAGUAGCCAAAGAUCAGAAAAAUUGUGAAGAUUACAACAGUUUCAUUAUGUACUCGAGAGUGAUACGAAUAGAUUCGAUACACAUAAGCGAUAAAAAUAAUUUAAAUGCUCCUUUUCCAUCGAUUCAAAAUAAAGAACUCAUGAGAAACGCCAUUGGUCUUUCAUACGAUUAUCAAAGGUCUUUGCUUUUUUACUCGGAUAUACAACGUGGCAGCAUAAACGCCGUGUAUUUUAACGGAACCAAUCAUACCGUUUUAAUUGAUCGUCAGGGUUCCGUGGAAGGAUUAUCAUACGAAUCAUACGGACAAACUCUCUACUGGACUUGUAAUAAUGAAGCAACAAUUUCCAGAAUGAAUCUCUCGCAACUUAUCCCACACAUAGAACCGUACAAUUCGAAUACAACGAAAUCGUCUAAAAUCGAAUUGUCCAAAGUUGAAAUCGUCGUUAAUUUAGAAAAAGAAGAUAAACCAAGAGGAAUCGUUACCGACAGUUGUAACUCACGAAUAUUUUGGACGAAUUGGAAUCAUCAAGCACCGUCAAUUCAAAGAUCAUUUUUAAACGGAUACAUGGUUCAAUCGAUAAUAAAAACAAAUAUAAGAAUGCCCAAUGCUAUAACGUUAGAUUUUAUGGCAAUGAAAUUGUACUGGAGCGAUGCUAGACUGGAUAAAAUCGAACGUUGUGAAACAGAUGGAACUAAUCGAGUUGUUCUCAGUAAUACAUCUCCUCAACAUCCUUUUGACAUGGCCGUCCAUGGUAAUUACUUAUUUUGGACGGAUUGGGUACUCCAUGCGGUAGUCAGAGCGAAUAAGUUAACCGGAGAAGACGUUCAUUAUUUGAGAAAAGACAUUCCUCGACCGAUGGGAAUAGUUGCCGUUCACGACGACACUGCAAAAUGUCAUAAUAAUCCUUGUCUGAUUGCUAACGGAGGUUGCGAAGACAAAUGCAAUUUGGAUGCAAGCGGAUUCGUUAUUUGUUCUUGUUUUUCCGGCAGAGAAGUGUUAGCUCAUAAUCCGAAAAGAUGCGUGGAAGCCGUGGUUGAUGUUUACGAAAAUGGUACUUGCGAUGAAAAUGGAAAACAUUUUAAAUGUUCUUCUCACGGAACGUGCAUACCCUUCGAACUCACUUGCGAUGAUGUAAAACAUUGCGAAGAUGGAAGCGAUGAAUUUAUAACUUAUUGCGGAGCUUCCAGAGUUUGUCACGAAGGUUACUAUAAAUGUGCCAACAACAGGUGUAUUCCUAAUGCGAGCGUCUGUGAUUUAAUCAACGAUUGUGGUGAUAAUAGCGAUGAAUACGAAAAUUGCUCCUGCUCAAAACAAGAUCAAUUUAAGUGUGCCAAUGGUCAAUGCAUAAGUAAAAAUUAUAGAUGCGAUAUGGAAUCAGAUUGUAGGGAUGCCAGUGAUGAAAUAGGAUGUCCACCUCACGAGUGUUUGGGUAUUCCAAAUUUGGGUUUGAAUUUAAAUUCUUCGAAACAGUGGAUUCCUUGUAAUUAUACGACAGCAUGUAUUUUAAGCUCUUGGAUUUGCGACGGUCAAAAUGAUUGCUGGGAUAAUUCCGAUGAAGAAAAUUGUACAAAAGAAGUAACCGAUAAUAAAUCCAAGGAAUGCGGUGGUAAACAAUUUAAAUGUAACAACGGACAAUGCAUUAACAUCACUUGGAGAUGUGACGGUGAUAAUGAUUGCGAUGAUGGUACCGACGAGCAUAAUUGUACUUAUUCGUGUAGAAAAGAUCAGUUCAAAUGCGGACAGGGAGAAUGCAUUCCAUUGACUUGGCAAUGCGAUUCGACUCCAGAUUGUUCCGAUCAUUCCGAUGAAGACACUAAUUGUCAAAAUCGAACGUGUCCUUUAUCUUAUUUCAAAUGUAAUUCGACUGGAAGAUGCAUACCUAAAAAGUGGGUAUGUGAUAGCGAACCCGAUUGCACCGACGGCUCCGACGAACAAGUAGAUCAAGGAUGUUCUCCUUCGAAUCACACUUGCAGUUUGAAUAUGUUUCAAUGUUUGAAUCAUCGUUGCAUCGAUGAGGAUUUGUACUGCGACGGAGACGAUGAUUGCGGAGACGGUUCCGACGAGCAAACCUCGUGUUUGCCCCUUUGUUCACCCGAUCAUUUCAGAUGUAAAAUCGGUUUGUGCAUCAAUAAAUCCUUGAUUUGCAACGGAGAAAAUGAUUGCAUCGAUAACAGUGACGAAGAAUUGGCAGAAUGCGCUAAUAAGACUUUUGUGUGCAAUCCGGAAACUCAUUUCGAAUGCCGAAAUAAAAUUUGCGUCGAAGAGUACCUCCUCUGUAAUGGUCAGGAUGAUUGCGGAGACUUUUCCGACGAGAUAAAAUGUAAUAUUAACGAGUGUCAUCAAGAUCCUCCUCCUUGCAGUCACAUUUGCAUCGAUAAAAAAGUAGGGUUCGAGUGCAAGUGUAAAGAAGGUUUUAAAGUAAACGAAAAUGACACGUCGCUGUGUCGAGAUAUUAACGAAUGCGAAUUGCCGGAAAAACCUUGUUCACAAUUUUGUAGAAACACGUUGGGAAGUUUUGUGUGUUCCUGUGACGUAGGUUACGCAUUGAAAGCCGAUGGAAGGUCGUGUAAAGUCAAUUCGACGAUCGAACCCAAACUCAUAUUCACAAAUUUUCAUUACAUCAGAGAAAUAAAUUUCAACGGUCAUGCAGCACUUUUGGCAAAUAAUUUGACGAACGCCGUCGCAUUAGAUUAUGAUUGGCUGGAACAUUGUAUUUAUUGGUCUGACGUCACCGUAUUAGGUUCGAGCAUAAAACGAUUUUGUUCCGAUAAUUCUUCCUAUCAGAUACUUCAUUCUGCUUCUCUUCAAAAUCCGGAUGGAUUAGCCGUCGAUUGGGUGGGCCGGAAUUUAUAUUGGUGCGAUAAAGUUUUGGAUACGAUUGAAGUAUCGAAAUUGGACGGAAGGUACAGAAGAGUUUUAAUCAACAAGAAUCUACAAGAGCCGAGAGCGAUUACGUUAAAUCCAAGUGAAGGAGCCAUGUAUUGGACCGACUGGGGCGAUAAACCUUUUAUAGGAAAGGCCAACAUGGAUGGAACGAAUUUCCGGUAUCUCGUCAACGAAUCUUUGGGUUGGCCAAAUGCUUUGACGAUAUCAUACGAAACGAAGGAAUUGUUUUACGGGGAUGCUCGACAGGAUUACAUUGCCAUGUGCGAUUUGGAGGGUAAAAAUCGCAGGAUUAUUUUGAGUAGGAAUUCAAAUCCCGAUGCCAAACUCCAUCACAUAUUCGCCAUGACAGUUUUCGAAGAUUAUUUGUAUUGGACGGAUUGGGAAUUGAAAACUGUUGAAAGGUGUAAUAAGUACAGUGGUAAAGAUUGUAAAACUAUGGUCAAAUUAGUUCACCGUCCGAUGGAUGUACACGUUUAUCAUCCGUUUAGACAACCGCAGUUGGAACACAAUCCUUGCGAAAACAAUGGCAAUUGUUCAACUUUGUGUCUUUUGACUGCGAAUAAUUCUCACGUGUGCAUGUGCCCAGAAAAUUUUAUAUUGGGUCCCGAUAAUUCAUCUUGCAUCGCAAAUUGCACAUCGUCUCAUUUUGUUUGUAAUUCUACUUAUCAAUGUAUUCCUUUUUGGUGGCGAUGCGACACUCAGGAAGACUGUGCAGAUGGAUCCGACGAACCGGAACAUUGUCCGGAAUUCACUUGCUUGCCUGGACAAUUUCAAUGUAAUAAUUCUCGGUGUAUUCAUCCAAUAGAAAUUUGCGACGGUGAAACUGAUUGUUUUGAUGGCUCCGAUGAAAGAGAUUGUAAUCAAUACACUUGUAUGAACACGCAGAUUAAAUGCAAAGGAAAUGACACAAUUCAAGACAGAUGUAUUCCGAGUACCAAACGGUGUAAUGGUGUUGUUGACUGUCCCGUUCAUGGGGAAGAUGAAGCCGAUUGUCCCAAUGAAACUUGUUCAGAAAAUCAAUUCACUUGCAAUAAUGGAAAAUGUAUUCCUCUUGUAUGGCUAUGUGAUGAAGAUGAUGAUUGUCAAGACAAUUCCGAUGAAGGAGAAUAUUGUGCCAAAAGAACUUGUCCGAGUGGUCAUUUCAAAUGUUCCAACGGUCGGUGUAUUCCAUCUUCGUGGAAUUGUGAUGGCGAUGCCGAUUGUCCAAACGGUGAAGAUGAACCACCAGAAUGUGCACACCAUUCUUGUGAACCGUCUUAUUUCAAAUGUGCCAAUUACCUUUGCAUACCAGGACGAUGGAGAUGCGAUUACGACAACGACUGUGGCGACAACUCGGAUGAAAUGAAUUGCACGAUGAGAAAUUGUUCAGAAUCAGAAUUUAGAUGCGGAAACGGAAAAUGUAUUCGUGGAUUGUACAGAUGCGAUGGAGAAUAUAACUGUGAAGAUCUCAGCGACGAACUUAAUUGCAAUGCUACGUGCUUACCAGGAGAACCUUGCUACAAAUCCAUCGGAUGCAAUUCAUCAGAUCCGAAUUGCAAAGAAGAAGAUGCUACCUGCGUAGGCUCAAACUGUACCGUUUCAUGCUUACCCAAUCAAUUCUCAUGCAAAAACAAACAGUGUAUAGAGAGUAUUUGGAAAUGCGACGGAGAUCACGAUUGUAGCGAUGGAUCUGAUGAAGACCCUAAAAUGUGUGCCGUUAUGCCUUGCGAAAUCGGACAACAUAGAUGCUCGAAAAAUAUUUGCAUUAGUAAAAACUACCUAUGUGACGGUCGAGACGAUUGCGGAGACAAUUCUGACGAAAACAAAGAGUUUUGUUUGGCGGAAGGAAUUUGUCCAGCCGAUCAAUUUCGGUGUGGCAAUGGAGAUUGCAUAUCUUUAAAAUUAAGAUGUGAUGGAUUCAAUGAUUGCGGCGAUAAUUCCGAUGAAGGAAAUUGUCAAUUUUACACUUCGAAAAGAUGCGCAUUGGAAAACAAAAACUGUUCGGAUUUAAAUCAAAAAAAACAUUAUUGUUCUUUCGGUUCUUGUUCGCAAAAAUGUAUCGAGAAAAAAAAUUCUUAUUCUUGUCAAUGUGAAAAAGGUUACACUCUCACGUUCGAAGAAACGAGCACUUCUAAAAUGAAAGAAGGAACGAAAGAAAAAUCGAAAAAUUACAAACCGGGUUCAUCCGAUAAAAAAGAUUCCAGGGGGCUCGAAAGCGAAAAAAAAGGAGAAUUUUCCGAUGUACAUAAAUCGUGUAAAGCAAUGGGAAGUGAAGCUGGCCUAAUAGUAAUUAGAGAUACCGAUAUGGCAGUGCUAAGCCCGUACAAAAGUCGUGGAAGCGAAAGACAAUUAAAUUUGGCAAAAACAAAUUUGAAAAUUAAAAACGUCGACGUUCUCUACAACGACAGUCAAAUAACGGUUUUCUUUACCGACUACGUCAAAAAGACCAUAAUGAGAAUGAUUGUGAGUAAAGACGAUUUAAACAAUUCGAGAUUGAAACGAGAAAUCGUAUCCCCGUCGGAAUCCACUCCUUUACCACCAAACCCUUCGUGCGAUUUAGAAAAUAUUUUACUAAAACAAAAUGCUGAUAUUUUCGGAAUGAAAUACGCAGAUUCGAAAAGAGAAAUUAAUUACGAUUUUAUCGAAGCGGAAAAUUUAGCAUUCAAAACGCAAUACGAUUACAAAAUGAAAAAACAAUUGAGAUUUAAACGAGAUUCGGACACUUUGAAAUUAGUCGUCGGUGAACUUCACGAUCCGAAAGGACUUGCUAUCGAUUGGGUCGUCGGUAGAUUGUAUUACAUAGAUAAAAUACCAAAUGAAAAAUCCGCGUUUUUGAUGGCAUCCACAUUGAAUGGCCGUAAAAAGACGACAAUUAUAAAAACGAAUUUGAUCGAACCCAUGGAUUUAGCUCUCGAACCGAAAAUGGCUCUACUCUUUUUCACGGAUUGCAAUUUGAAAUUCCCAAAAAUCGAACGGAGUUUCAUGGACGGAAGUCAUCGUAAAUUAGUCGUGUCGAAGGAUGUCGUUUGUCCGAGCGGAAUAAGCAUCGAUUAUCCAUCGUCCGUUUUGUAUUUUGUCGACACGAAGCUGAACACUUUGGAAAGUGUCGAUUUCAACGGAGACAACAGAAUGGUGGUAAAAGCUUUCAAUAAGGACUCAUUCAGACCGUACAAACUCGAGAUAUUUGAAGAUUUCGCAUAUAUUUCUUCGUAUCAAAACGAAAACGUUUUGCGCAUGAAUAAAUUUGGCCGCGGCGAAACGAAAAACGUCAUUCAGGGAGUUCGAAAUAGAAUGUCGGAUAUCGUGAUAUUUCAGGAAAACAAACAGGAAAAAGGACUUUUAAAUCCGUGUCCGAUGGGUUCCUGUCACGAAAGUUCUUUGUGCGUCAUCGGGUCUUCGAAUACAAAAACUAACAUAGUGAAAAAAUCAUGCUUGUGUCCGGACGGAUUGCAAAAAACCGUUUUGGCAAAUUCAACGGUAAUUUGCAAAAUAAUGGUUCCCGAUAAAAAGUGCGAUUUAUUCUGUCACGAGGGUAAAUGCGAAAUGACGAGUGCCGGACCGAGAUGCAAAUGCAAUCCCAAUUACGAGGGUACCUUUUGUCAAAAAUUUAAAUGUUCUCAAUACUGCAAAAAUGGAGGCAUUUGCGUGGAAGUAAAUUCGAAUAAUCGACCAAAUAAGGAAUUAAUAUGUCACUGCGGUCCUGAGUUUACCGGAGAACGAUGCGAAACACGUAUCGAAUUUUGUAAGGACCGGUGCCUUAACGGAGGACACUGUGUUAAAUUUCCAUCGGGAAUACCCCAUUGCGAAUGUCCUCCCGGAUUUAUUGGUACCCGUUGCGAAAACUGCAUUAAUCUCCGUUGCGAAAAUAAUGGAAUUUGCGUGAAAACAAACGGAGUCGAAGAGUGUUCGUGUCCGAGGGAAUUCGUUGGUCCCACUUGUUCUAGAUCGGUUUGUGAAAAUUUCUGUGCUCGAGGAAAUUGUACGAUUAUAUCCGGAGAACCCGUUUGCAGUUGUCCUCCCGGUUACAGCGGCAAGAAAUGUGAUCGCGACGCUUGUCAAGGCUACUGUUUAAACAAUGGUGUUUGUCGAUUGAACGGUAGAAACGUUUAUUGCGAGUGUCCUCCCGACAGAACAGGUCCAAAGUGUGAAACUUACGUUUCCAAAUGCACUGACGCGUACUGCAGAAAUGGUGGAACGUGUUACUCCAACGAAGGCAAAAAAUUUUGCAGAUGUCCCGUGGGUUGGGGCGGUGCUACCUGUCAAGAAUGGUUAAGUUGCGAUCAUUUUUGUUUCAACGGUGGAACUUGCGAGCACAGCGACAAUCCUUCCAUUUCCCGCGUAUGCGCUUGCGGACCGGAUUUUACCGGUGUCCGAUGCGAAACACCCGUGAGAGGUGCUCGAAAUCUCGUCAACAUUGAUGAUAAUAAAUCACCCAACACCAUAACCGUAGGGAUUUUGAUCGCCGUCACCGUACUCCUACUCCUGUUGCUAAUAAUUGCUGGAGCUUAUUUUGUAGUCGUGAAAUUUCGACGAGGAGCUGCUUUUAGUCACGUGAGAAUGACCGAAAACGUAGAAAUAAGUAAUCCUAUGUAUUUGAGAGGAGAAGACAUGGACGAAACGGAAGAUCCUCCCGAAACGAGUGGGGAUGCAAAAAAUUCGAAUAAUUUUGCAAAUCCCGUUUACGAAUCAUUGUACAGCGGAGGAGAAGAAAAAAAGACUUUAUUAAGCGAAUUACACGGGGAACCUCUACCAUUGGAUAACGAAUGCGUGUAA